AUGAGCGGCUACAACCAAGAAGAUUCUCCGCUGGGGAAUAGAGGUAAUGUUCCGGAGAAGUCGUUCUUGGAGUCCCUGAGCGACGACGGGCUACUGGAUUACAUCACUGGACUUUCACAGGAACGAAGUGAACAGUAUUCAAGAGAGGAUUAUUUCCAUGACAAACAGAGAAGACAAGAUAGACAGGAUCAGGAGUUUAGAGAACGAUACGGCGAUGGUUGCGACAUAUUCUCUGGGGUAUCGAUAUACGUGAAUGGGUUUACAAAACCUGGCAGGAUGCAAUUGCAUGAAAUGGUCAUUGCCAACGGCGGUAAAUUCGCACAUUUUUUGUCUUCCAAAGGUCAGGUAUCUCAUAUUAUAGCCUCGAAUUUACCUCUCAAGAAAAGGGUUGAAUUGGCCAAUUAUAAAAUUUGUAGACCAGAAUGGAUCGUAGAUUCUUUACAAAGGGGUAAACUUUUGCCAUGGCAGGACUAUGCGCUUUUAUCAGAUCAAGAUGAAAUUCAACCAAAGUUACAGCCGACAACGAUUGUAAGUUGUAAACAUCCUGAAUUUUUAAAACAGUUCUUUUCUAAAUCAAGACUACACCAUCUGUCCAAUUGGAAAUCUGAUCUUCGGGCAGAAUUUUGUGAAAAAUUCUUGGAGAAACCAUUACAUAUUCCUAGUAAAAACGAUGAUAUUACAGUGUUCCAUAUCGAUUUUGAUUGUUUCUUUGCCAGCGUUUCCGCAAUGGCCAAUGGGUUUGAUAUCCAUGCGGACCCUAUCGUAGUUUGUCAUGGUACUAAAAAUUCAGAUAUUGCCAGUUGUAACUACGAAGCGAGGCGAUACGGUAUAAGGAAUGGUAUGUGGGUAGGUACCGCAGAAAGAAUGAUGCCCGGCGGCAAAAGACUCGUGCGUCUCGGAUAUGAUUUUGAUCAAUUUGAACUGAUGUCAAAACGGUUUUAUCAAAUACUGCACGAUUCUCAAUUCCAACUAGUGUUACCAAUUUCUAUUGACGAAGCAGUUUGCAUCGCGGGUAAUUUGUCACACAUGGAAUGUGAUUCGAUAUGUCAAAGGAUACGCGAACACGUUAGCAGCGUUACAAAUGGAUGUACAGUUAGCAUUGGGUGUGCUAAUAGUUUAGUCCUGGCAAGAUUAGCUCUUAAAUGGAGCAAGCCAAAUGGGUAUCGAAUUGUUAACUGUGAUGAAUUGGAUGCUACGUUCUGGUCCAAUUUGAAAAUUGAUGAUUUACCUGGUGUGGGGCGUUCUUUGGCCUACAAGAUUAGUGAAUAUAGCAAUCCACCGAUUGGGAAUCUUUGUGAAUUGAGACAGAUGACACUGGAUUCUUUGCAGCGUUGUGUCGGUGAAAAAAUGGGCAACAAGAUAUAUCUAGCGGUACGCGGCAAAGAUGACGAGGAAAGUGGUAAGAUCAUUUAUGAUCCCAAGCAGUUUUUCCAAAGAAAAUCACUUUCUAUUGAUAUUAAUUGGGGGAUCAGGUUUGAUACGAUUUAUGAAAUUGACCAAUUUAUCGAUAGAUGUACUCAAUACCUGAUUGAUAAAUUAAAGGAAUUGAACAAGAAAACGUCACAGCUUACAUUGAAAAUAAUGAAAAGAAGCAAAGAUGAAUCAAUUGAACCGCCGAAAUAUCUAGGAAUGGGUAAGUGUGAUCCGUUUGCCAGAAGUACCCGUCUUGGUGUGCCGACGGAUGAAUUUGGUAUCAUAACUACAGAAAUCAAAAGUACUUUCAGGUCAUUAUGCUGUCCCCCAAAGGAACUAAGAGGCAUCGCUAUUCAAUUCAACAAACUAGAGAAUUCAGUUUCGAACCAGUCGAAACUACCGUUUGUUGACGCUAAAAUCUACCAGAAUUUACCGAAUGACGUUAAGGGCGAAAUUGAUCAAGAACUGAACAGAAGAAAGAUCAAAGUCAAGGCAACGGCGGCCAAACGGAUAAAUUCGUAUCAAGAACAAUUUAUUCAAGAAUUGCCCACGCAGAUUAGAAACGAGGUGGAGAAUGAGAUUAUCAUCACGAACAAAGCCAAGAGAACGAAAUUCGAUGAAAUCAAAGAGCAAAUUGCUAAAAGACAAAACGAAAAGAUGAACGCGAAAGCUCAUUUCUUGGGUGAAACAACGGUUCUGCUGCCAAUAAAAUUUCAAAAUCAAACAAAUUUCAAAAGGAUUAUUCAAUUGAUUCUAAACUGGGUUGACGGAACUAUACGAUCACGGGGCCCGCACGAAAAGGACCUAAAGCUUUUUGAAAAAUAUUUACAAAGGCUUUCAGAUGCAAAUCGUUUACCAUUAGUUUUACGAAUUUGUAAACUGAUUUCCACUAAACUUGAACUCCGAUCUGAGUUAUUUUCUCAUUGUAAUGGUUUCCAAGAAUGGGAAAGAGUACUGCUACAGAUAAUUCUGCCAAAACUAAACAAAAAUAAACAUACUUUUCAAACGGUUCGUAAACUCGACAUCGAUUUCGACACCUGA